GUUCAGUGUACAUAUUGCGAGAUCUCCUCCCUUAGCCCCACCAACCAUUUCAUUCUUGAAUUGAAUCCCGAGGCUGAGAAGAACUCUAGAGUUUUUCAACAAGAAGGAGCUUCUGAGUCGUUUUCGCAGAUCGAGGAGAGAAUUGGCUGUGUGUUAUUCGACGAAAAACAAGUGGAAAAUGUCUGAAAUUGGCACUGAAAAUCUGUUCUCCUAUCUUUCCGACGAUGUUGUUCUAAACAUAUUUUUCAAGAUCGCAGAUGAUCCUCGCAACUGGUCUCGUCUCGCUUGCGUGUGUACUAAAUUCUCGAAUAUGGUUCGCACGAUUUGCUGGAAAACCAAAUGCCAUGAGACAAUCCCUUCCGUCGUCUCCGAUCUCCUCCAAUCGAACACUCCAAUCACCUCUUCCAUCUCUCCUCCUGGCGGCUGGGCGUCCCUUCACAAGCUUUCCGUUUGCUGCCCUGGCCUCCUCCACUCUGGCGUCCUCCUCGAAAAUUCAGAUCUCGGGCUCGAACGCGAACUAGGUCCAGAUGAAAACUAUCAUGAAACUAAUCUGUUUCAACCGGGUAAAUCCGUAUCAAAUCCUUCUUGUUCUAGAAUUGCUGACGAUGAUAAGAUGAAAGAGCUAAAACGUUCCGUUAACAGCUCUGAUUGUUCUUGGUCUUUGUACGACGAUCUCUACUAUGAUUCUGCUUACGGUAAUGUUUGCCAUAAAUCCGAGGAGGUUUCUGAAGAAGGAACAGAAGGCAACGACGGCAUUGUUGUUGUUGUUGAUUUUGGUGUCUGUAAACGAAGAAAAAUUUGUAGAUCUUCAAGGUCCCAUUUGGCAUCUGGUGCUUGGAAUUUGAGCCGUGAGCAAGGAAAUAAAUUGUUGGCAAGUCGAUUCAGGGGUGAUUGUUUAUACAUUUGUGAUUGGCCUGGUUGUGUGCACAUCGAGGAGAAGCGUAAUUACAUGCUUUUUAGGGGGGUGUUCAAGGAUUUUAAGAGAUCUAGGGUUUGGAGGACGAUUAAAGAUGGGAAUCGCAGCAGAAUUGAUUUGAAUUGUGCUUAUUGUUCUAUUAGUCAAGUGUAUGACUUGCAUGCGGCUUUCUGUUUGCGGCCUGCGUAUGGGUUUCAUGACGAUGGGGAGCCAGUAGUUCGAGCUUAUGUUUGUGAGAAUGGGCAUGUAUCUGGUGCGUGGACCGAUUGGCCCUUGUACACGUAAAAAUUUAAAAUGCUCAAUCCAUAUCCAAUGCUCUCCUUUCUUUCUUUCUUUCACUUGGAUGCAUCGAUUAUUUCCAAGCUCAUAUCAUUUACUAAAUUAGAGAUGAAUUUUGACUUU